AUGUUACGUCAAGCAAUUCGAAGAAUAUCUCCAUUAGUGUCAAGAAGCAAUUAUGCAAGAAGUUAUUGCAGUGAAAAGCCACCGCCAUUAUGUGAUCAUCACAAAGAACUUGUUCCACCGUUUUGUGAAAUUUGCAAACUGAAAGGGUUUGAAUUAAAAUCAAAUUGCACGACAUUCCACAUGAAAGCAUCGGGAUAUGAACCAGCCUGCUGUCCACCAGCUUGUCCACCACCGUGCCCUCCACCAGCUUGUCCACCACCGUGCCCUCCACCAUGCCCUCCGCCAUGCCCACCACCAUGCCCUCCGCCAAGCCCGCCACCAAAGCCUUGCCCUUGUCCCGAGUAA